AUGAUUUCACCAGCUUCGUCACUAUUCCCAAUUCCACCGCCCGUUCCCGUCGACACGCACCCGAAUCGAGUCUCAGGCCCUGAGUCCCCCGGGCCAGAGCGUAUCCCUGACCCUGAUCGACUUGCCCCAGAGGAUGCCUACUUCAAUCAUUCCCUAUCACGGGUGCGCUCUGUGCCACUGAAUUACGAGGAUGGGUUGCGUUCUUUGAGGGUGGCCGAUUCAGGCCUUGCGACCUUGUUGCCAUCGCGCGGGACCCUUGGUGCCGACCUCACCCGUAAGGACGCGGGGAAGAUUGGUGCUUCAGGCGCGCGUCGAAGGCGGAAAGGCGCUUGGAAGAAACUUCUCUGGGUCAAACAGUCGUAUCCCGAUAACUAUACCGACACCGAGACCUUUUUGGAUCACCUUCAAAGAAACCCCCGUGUGAGGCCCUACGACUUCUGGCCUCUGGUGGCAGACUCGACUGUUAUCGUCCAGCAUGUUUGCUCAGUCGUCAUUUUCAUCUGCUGCUUCGUCGGCAUCGUCCAAGAUCGGGUGAGCCCCGUCUCGAUUGUUUGCUGGGGUAGUGUCGGUACAGCCAUGGGCUGGAUCCUGUGGGACAACUGGAUCUGGGAAGAGCAGACAGAGCUCGCACGAAACAUCGUCGGUGUCGGGGGAGAGGAUGACGAGUCUACUUCGAGCUCGAUCGCCAGUGCGCCCAAUCCAUCUGCCAACGACCCCCAGUCGACUGCCGCAAAAGCAGAUACCAUCCACGGGCUUGGUCUCUCAAUCUCUCCGACGGCAUCCAAGGAUGGUAUGUCCCACCUGGCUGCCGAUGAGAACGCCAGUCCUGGUGGGAUUGGGGACUCCUCUUUACACUCCGCGGUGUCCUCGGCGUCUCCCGGCACUGCUGUUGCUCAAGCAGAUUUGCCGGAAAUCGAGCGAGCAUCGCUGUUCUCAUCCCGUAAUCGUCAGCGGCUGGCAACAGUAAAAUCAGCGUUUCUCAUCUACUUUUCACUGCUGGGACUGAGUCCCAUUCUCAAAUCUCUGACAAAAUCGACCGCCAGUGACUCUAUCUGGGCAUUGAGCUGUUGGCUAUUGAUCAUGAACAUAUUCUCAUUUGACUAUGGGAGUGGAGAAGGUGCUGGCGCCACAACCAAGUUCCCAGCUUCGCUCUCCACCAAUGCUGCGGUGAUGGCAUCCACCGUGCUGGCAUCCCGUUUGCCUUCCACCACCCACGUGUUCAGUCUGAUGCUGUUUUCCAUGGAAGUCUUUGGGCUGUUCCCCAUCUUCCGGCGUCAACUACGUCAGAAAUCUUGGACCGGUCAUGUCCUGCUGACGCUGGGCCUGGUCAUCAUCGCCGGAGGUGCUGUCGGCACGACACUGGGUGGAGGUUGGGGCUCCGCGGUCAUUGGAUCCUUCCUUGGCAGCCUCUUGACUGCCUUCGCCAUGGGUGGCUGUAGCUGGUGGCUCAUCAGUCUGCAGAAGUACAAGAAUGUAGUCAUCGGUCCGUGGGAUCCCGCACGGCCCAUCAUUCGGCGGCAUUGGAACUGA